AUGGAAGCACAAAGUAUGUAUGGGAAGGGACAAUUCCUAUACAGAUCCAUCCCACGAAUCCCAAGUUACCGCUCUGCCUCUUCCUCCUGCUGCUCUGGUCAACUCUCUUUCUUUUGUGUUUCUCUUUUUUUUCUUCUUUCCUUUUCUACCUUCAGCACACUUCCUCCCGGGGUUGAUACUAUUUGGUUCGGUUACAAUGGCAUCCCUCUCAAAUGGUACAUACCUACUGGAGUUCUUUUCGAUCUUUUGUGUCCCGAGCCUGAAAGGCCGGAACACACUGUCCAUUUUAGAGGAUAUCCUGGAAAUGUAUUGAUACCGUGUGAAGGUGAAGAUUCUGUGAAGUGGAGUUUUAUAAACUCAUUAAAAGAGGCUGCGUACAUAAUGAAUGGAAAUUGCAAGAAUGUUAUGAACAUGUCUCAGUCUGAUCAGUCGGAGCUUUGGCAUUCUGUCAUGAAUGGUAAUAUGGAAACCUACCAACGAGUCUCAUCUAAGCUUAAACUUGCAACCAUUGAUGAUGAGUCUCGAAGUUUGUGCUCGCAAAAAUAUCAACAAUCCUUUGGUGAAACAGAUUUUACUGCGCAAGUCAAGACAGGAAGAGUUCCGGUUAGAUUAUAUGUUUUGAGCGUAAGAGAGGACUUCGAUGAUUUGGACGAGAUGCCCCGAACUGAUAGUUGGGAGAAGAUCUCUUAUGUAAAUCGUCCAGUUGAGAUCCACAAAGAACAUAAAUGCUUCACUUUACACGAUGCUUUGAAAACCCUUGUGCCGGAAUUAUUUUUGGAUGAACCUUUAACGAAUGUAAAAUUAGGUGGAGUAGAUUUUGAGGAGGCAGUUGGAAAUCCCAAUGAAGAUGUGAGCAGUGACAAAGUAGUGGAAGACCAGGGACAAAAUGAAUAUGAACACCCAGAGGCUGGCCACAUUCCGAGCAGUGCCGAAAUCAAGCUUAUACGAAUCCAGGGUAUUGAACCUAAGUUAGAGAUACCCUUUUCUUGGGUGGCAAACAAUUUAAUAAAUCCGGACUACUUCCUUCACAUCUGUGUCUAUGUCAAAGUUGCCCAUUAAAAUCCCACAUUUAGAGAUGAUACAUGUGGAUUUGUUUUUACCUUUGUGACAAGGAGGUUAGCGUCUCUUCUUUUAAUUCAUUUAAAUUGUGGAUAUGUUGAUUACAUCUACCUCUUGGCAAGAAAAAGAAGCCACUGUGUUGCUU